UCAUUAUUCUAAUUCGCUCUUAUUGAAUUUUUGAGGUGUGUUUUUAUUGUUAAAAUAACUUACCCCAGUGCCGAGGCUGAUGACAUGCUUUUAUCCACGUGUAGUUUCCAUGUUUUGAAAAUGCUCUUAUACUUGUGAAUAUACUGAAAAUAUCCUGAAUGAAGGCAUUAUAGCAGAAAAGUAUUUAGACUACGGGACAACGGGAAGAUCAUAUACAUCCCCUUCAUGUUCUUGCAUACGUUGAAGUUGUACUAUGGAUCCCUCGACUCCAACUACCCCAACGCCAUUCUCCAAGCUCUCAGAGAAAAACCCUCCGAGCCGUAAGCCUCCAAUAUCGAUUCAGCCACCCACAAAACUGAAGAAAAUGUGGAGUUUAGGCGCUCUAUUCUCUCCUACUCUAAAAAGUCCAAAAGUGUGUCCGCGAGAUGACGUAUCUUCAAGUGUCUACCGUUUUGAUGAUGAGGUGGUUCAGAAAAUAUUAAGGAAGGACCUUGUGGAAAAAAAAAUGUCUGCAAAAAGGCGUAUUUGCCGUUCAGCAACAGUUGGAUCCGAGAUUUGUGAUUCUUGUUACGAAGAACUGCAAAGGCGACAGCAUCCUAAUAGCACGCCGAGUAAUACGACCACCUGGCAUAAUUCGAACUUGGGCACUCCAGUUUCAGCAAAAACUGAUUGUCCGAAAAGUCCGGAGCGACUCAGAGGUGCCACCACCGACCUUUUUGAGCUUCUGGAGAAAGCUCAGAGGUCCAGGAUUGAUGAUCAGCGGUGCAAGUUACCAGCAUAUUUUAAUCAGCCCCAAAUUCAGAGACAAUUGACAACCGGUUCCAUACCAAGAGAAUCUCACCUCUCGCCACACCAAGACUCCAAAGAUGAUCUCCGAUUGGCACAUAACAAUAAUAUUAAAAUCGCAUCGCCGGCUGGAUCUCCGCAUCCUCUUGGAAGCGCCACACCUCCUAUGUCUCCUCAGCAGCCUCCGCAAGCGAAAAGGAUAUUGCAGGAGGCCCUUUCCAAGCCUGGACCAUAUCCCAUGAUCCCUGGACCACCUAAAGGAUAUUGGGUAGACGGGACCGAUCACGACGAAGAGUUCGACCAUCGGGGCUUGCCCAUCAUCCCGCAUCAAACGUGGAGAGCAAAGAUCGAAACAGAUGACACCGCCAAAUGUUACAGGAGGUUUUUUGUCGGAAGGGAACACUCGAAUCUCAUCGGUUUCGAUGAGAACCUCGGUUCAGUAUUGUUAUCUAUUAAGACAGAAAAUGUAGCACAGCAGGAGCAUACUAGGAUAUUGUUAAGGAUAAAAACGGCGACUAAGCAUGAAAUCGUACCUUCAGCGUACCUUGGACCUAAUCCCAGUCCUGCUAGAAUGGCAAAACUACUUAACGAUGAAGUUAAUGUGGAUAAUUUUCAACCAGUAUUACAUCCCAAGAGUUCCCAACUAAUAGCGAACUAUGACGAGCAUGUCUUGGUAACGACAUUUAAAUUUGGAGUUCUAUAUCAAAAGCACCGACAAACCACUGAGGAAGAGCUAUUCAGUAAUAGAGUUACAAGUCCUGCUUUUGACGACUUUUUAAGUCUACUUGGUCAAAGGAUACAACUUAAAGAUCACAAAGGUUACAGAGGGGGUCUGGAUAUACAAAACGGACAUACAGGCGACACUGCCGUUUAUGAGGUUUUUAAAGAACGGGAAAUAAUGUUUCAUGUGUCAACCCUCCUUCCUUACACCGAGCAGGAUCCGCAACAACUGCAAAGGAAGAGACAUAUCGGAAACGAUAUCGUCGCGAUAGUUUUUCAGGAAGAAAACACCCCGUUUUGUCCUGAUAUGAUCGCUUCACAUUUCUUACAUGCCUUCAUAGUUGUGCAAGUUUUGGAUCCUAACACGCCCAACACUAGAUACAAAAUAAGUGUAACAGCACGGGACGACGUGCCCUUCUUCGGUCCCACCUUACCGACCCCGGCCAUCUUCAAGCAUAGUCCGGAGUUCAAGGAGUUUCUGCUGACGAAACUGAUUAAUGCGGAAAACGCCUGCUACAAAGCCGAGAAGUUCGCGAAACUCGAACUUAGGACGAGAACGUCGUUACUGCAAUCCCUCACCGACGAAUUAAAGGAAAAAACCGCAGAAUUCUUAGGAGGCACGAGUCCGUCAACCGCUCCCGGUACGCCAAAAGGAGACUCCGGUCCAGGAGCUCGUUUCAUUGACACAGUGAAAAAGGCAUGGAGCGCCGCCAAAGUGAAAACCAGCCAAAGUGAUAAUAAUCUUGGCCCCGGCAGUCAUCAUCAUCACCAUCAUCACCAUGACAAGUUGGGCAAAAAGAGCAGUCAACCUCCUAUCUCUGAAUUAACGCCUUCGAGCGGAAGGUCAAUUUCAAAAUCUUCGAUGGUCUCGAACUCUAAAAAGUCAGGUGGCUCCGGAAGUACCGGUAGCGGAAGAUCUUCGACGGCCUCUUCGCCAGACUUAACAGCGCAUGCUCCUCCUAGUACCAGACCGGCUCUAAGCGAAGCCAGUGAUGAUUCCUCACUCACUUCAGAAGAUUUAGAACAUUUAGGAGGAGGAUAUGUCGAUAGCGAUACAGGGUUAGAGUCGAUGUCGUCUGCUGAAACUGCUGGUAAGGCGUGUAGUUUGUGUCAGGAUCGGCCCGAGAGCGGAACCCCGAGUAGCGGCCAGGGUGGAAAUCAGCAGGAUACCUUGGCGCAAGAAGUCACCAGGCUUAAGUGUGACAAGUUGGACUUGUUAAGGCAGAAUGUGAAUUGUCAAAGGGACAUUAAGAGGCUACGCGAAAAGGAAUUGGUUCUGCAGGGAGAAUUAGCGCAGGCCCACAAAGAGAUCCUGCGACUAAGAGAAUUGCUUAAGGAUUAGAUUCAAUUUUAGAGCCAAUUAAGUCUACUUAUAGGACUUAAGGCAAAAAUGCAUCGGGAGAUCUCAUCUCUCCAAAUAUACGUAGAUGAUAUGAGGAGUGAUACUAUAUUAGAUACUAAGGAUUGAUUUAGUUUUGUUAAAUCGCUUCAUUUACCUGAUUUCAGUUAUUAGUGUAAACGACAACUGAUUUUCAUCAUUAAGUUGAAUCUUGUUUCCUUAUUAUGUUUAGUUACCACAAAUCGAGUUAUUUUAUCCAGUUAAUGGGGGUAUUAUAUUGGAUAUAAUAAUAACUAGUAGAAUAGAAGUAGCGGUAAAACUUGAUGUAUUACUAAACACAAUAUUGCAUAUAACUAUUUUCAUAGACGGGAGUAGCGAUACGCUAUAUUUUCCUAACUGCCGAAGCUUUUUUUUUCGUUCUGCAUCACAGCAGCAAUCCGUUGCGGAGUUUUGUAAUUAAUUUGUUUUGUGAUAUUUUGUUUUCUUAAAACACUUUUUUCUUGUGGAAUUUAGUAUUUAGGUAUUUAUUUUUUUUGUGUCUGUUUACGGGUGGAAUAUUUCACGUUUGCAGCAACACUGAAAGAAUAGAAUAUAUGGGCCACGUGCAUUAUCUUACCAUAUGUAAUUGAAACAAUAAUUAAAGUUUCAAAUGCUACGGUUAAAUAGGAUAUUUAAACAACUUCUUAGUUCAGUCAAAAAGGUCUGUAAGUUUGAAAAAUCCAUAUACACAUUAUUGAUUUUCGCACUAAAGUGGUCUAUGAGGAAAGCUUCAAAACGUUCAACGCAAAUUUUUUUUUAAUUUGAGUUACUGGCUAAACCCUUAAGUGGUACAGCAAUAUGUAUAAAGCAAAUUACGAUAUAGUGAGAGAUAACAGACAACAACGGUUUCAUUAAUAUUGUCCGAUAGAUGUCUACUUCCAGCGAAUGAGUAUGUUAAGUACAUGUAUGUAUAUCUAGUAUACAAACAUAUAUGUUUUUGUUAAAAGCAAAGAUGUACAUGGAUAAAAAAUAUUAUACAUAAACAUUUAAAAAUAUCGAUUUAAGUUUAUCUGCUUUCGAGCCGAUACAUUUUCAAGAGCAUUAACCGCUUCCUUAAUUUUUUCGUUUAAUGUGAUUAUUUUUGGUGGAGACCAUUAUUAGCAUAUGCCACCAUGCUUUUUGUCUCCUUAUUGGUAUUUAAUAAGAAAUAAUUAAAACUUGCAGACAGCAAGAGACUUGAACGUAUACGUAUAUGUUUUUAAUACGAAAUACGUAUUAAAAACAUGUCUGUGAUUCUAGACCUCUAAUCCUUUUUUUGACUUAUCGGGCAAGAUUAUAAAAGUCUAUCCAUUGGAGUUUCCUGACUGCAUAUGAGCAACGUUUACUUGCUUCGGAGAAAAUAAUAAUGUCCUUUUCUGCCCAAUAGAGAGUUCGUUUAUGAGAAAACUUUACACAUGCAAAAUAAUACGCCUCUAUUUGGUUUUCUACAAAAUAUGGCCAUUCAAGAGUGGUAUCCGCUAGAAUAGGUUUCACUGUAAUUAAAUUCUCUACAAUAUACUUUUCUAAAGUGAAGCUGUACAACCAACAGGGGCAUAGUUGGCACCAAAGUCAUUAAAAUAAUUAAUUUUUUACACGUGUUUUAUAACUUUGAAGUUAAGGCGAAUGGCGGAAGUUGCGGGGAUUUUAAUUUAAAAUUACUUUUUUCAGUUUUACAAAUUUUACCUCUUCUGUGUAAUCUUGGUAUCCUCUAACUUUGCCCCUAUAGCUUUGCGCCCGUAAGCUAAAUUGUAGAGAAUUUAAUUAUGUUUUGUUCAAUAAGUUCCCGUUUAUUCAGGAAAUCACAGGAGGAAAUGGAUUUUUAAAAAUUUCGAAUGCCAGAUUGACUGUACUUUCAUUACAUUUACAUCUUUAAUUAAUAAAAACCGCUUUUUUUCCCGAAUUUCUUUGCAAAGGAAAUAUUCCACCCCUAAAAGGACGUUCUGUACAUUAUUAUUUAAAAAUAAAACUAUUACCAAUACCUUAUUUUAUACCAAAGUAACAUUCCCCAAAAAUGAUUUUUUUUGUCAGAAAAUGUUUAUUAUAUGAUUUACUUACUGUACAUAACAAAAAGUAUUUAUUAGCGUUAAGUUAAGCUACGUUUUGUAUCUAUAAUAAUAUUUUGUGCAUAUUAGAGUUUUUCAUAUUAAUUUUGUUCAUAUAUUUAAAGUUUAAGUUUUUCUCUUGUACAAUUUGCAAUAUGUAUUAUUAAUUUAAAAAUAUUUAGUAUUAAAGUUUGUUUUCUGCACGGGCAAGCUGGCUUAACGUUAUACAGGAUGUUUCUAGAAAAUAUUAUUUUGUGUUGCAAAUAAGUUUUUCGAUAUUACUUUACGUUAUACUCUAUUUUCAGGGAUAUCAUGUAUAACAAAUAAAAACAAUCAAAAAUACUUUAUAAAGCCACUUGUUUUAUAUGUACCUUAGUAUGUAAGUAAAUUUAAUUAUUUGACGUUUGCUUUAAUCGGGUAACAUUUAGGAAUCAAACGAUUAUUUCUAAAGUAAAAUAAAAACUAACUAAAGGCCUUCUCUAUGUGUAAGAAUAUAGAAAAUUUUAUUCUGUUAAUAUUUCAAAUAUUUAGAAAAAUUAUAAUAUCAAUGUGUAGAAGUAGUUGAAAAUUCCUACCCUAUCAUAUACUUUUUCAUUUUUUUUUGUCCGUUAU